ACCGACCAUAUCAUCUUUCAAACGACAACUCAAGUCGUAUCUUUUUCCAAAUACCUAGUAUAUACUAAACUAUAUUCAUUUAUGUAUUGUUUUGAUAAAUUUUGACUGGCUUACCAAUCUGGGGCCUGGUGGCCUCAAGUGCUAUACUAGAGCUACUGUGAAUGAUGUGCUGACCGGGCCUGUCCCUUAAAUUAUUGGUGAACGGAGCAGCAAGAGGCCACCAGGCCUCACCUGGGACAACUGAGUAUACAAAUAGGUGAAUCCCGUCAUCGGGUAAACGCUUUUUGCAAGAUGUUGAAAACCCUGACAUGAUGACGGAAUUGGGCCGUUUUUCAUCAAACUAGAAUCGAACUCGACCCACCUUGGCAAUUUGAAAUCGGCAGUGGCCAGAAAAUGAUACAGGGGAACAUUGGAAGACCGCAAUGAGAAGCAAACAUUCAAGGAGAAACUGCGCCACCUACUUUUUGGUGGCAACUGCAGUGGUCUGCAUUGUUGCCAAUAUGUUAUUUGUGGUACACCACUUGAACCACGAGGAUGAUUUCCACCUGUCAACAAUCGACAACAGGCGAGAUGUCGCCGGCCACCUCGAAUACGCUUCAGAUGAUGACAAGGGGUACGAGAUCACGAAUGACAAAUCAAACUCAAAGCUUCGGAAUAACCAUUUACGUUUCCAUGGCGAGGUCAAUGUCGACGUCGAUCGUCAGAAGUUCGAUCUCCUUCGAGGUGAUGACGUGUUCGGAAUACCAACAGAGGAGGUAAUGGAUCGCUUGCGAAAAAAAAUGGCGGACGGAGCACAUGAGGCCCUACCAGAUGAAAAGCAUCGAAACUCAACUCCAGCUCCAACAUUUGAUAACAAACCGGCCGCUGAUGUGAGGAAACUUGGGGACGAAGGUGCAGGAGUGAAGCUUGCACUCUUCGGUGAAGGAAAGAAAGUCGAGGAGACGAGAUACAAGAAACAUUCAUUUAAUGAACUAGUCAGCAGUAAGAUUUCACUUCAUAGGACACUAAUGGAUGGCCGCUAUGAAGAGUGCAAGAACAUCACUUAUCCUCACGAUCUGCCAAUGACAUCCAUCAUUAUUUGCUUUCACAACGAGGCAUGGUCAACGCUAUUGAGAACAGUCAAUAGCAUCAUUGACAGGAGCCCUCUUCGGUUGAUCAAGGAAAUUAUUCUUCUCGAUGACGCAAGCACUAUGGAUCAUCUCAAAGAGCCACUUGAAGAUUACAUAUCACAAAUCCAUUCCAUGAGGAUUAAAAUUUUGCGAUCGGAAAAACGACUGGGCCUCAUCAAGGCUCGCAUGCUGGGGGUCGAAACAUCAGAGGGCGAAACGUUCACAUUCCUAGAUUCCCAUGUUGAGGUUAAUAUCGGGUGGUUAGAGCCUCUCCUCGCCCGUCUCGCUUCAGACAGGACCAUCGCAGCCGUCCCCGUGGUCGAUGAGAUCAACAAAGACACCUUCAACUACAAGAUCGUACCAGAUCCUUUGCAACGAGGAGGGUUCAACUGGAGAUUUGAAUACAGAUGGAAGACCGUACCCAACUACGAUGAAAGACCAUCUAGGGUGUCUCAAAUAAAAACACCUACUAUGCCAGGGGGACUUCUCACAAUGGAUCGAGCAUUCUUCUUGAAGCUCGGAGGGUUCGAUCCAGGUAUGGAGGUAUGGGGAGGGGAGAAUCUCGAAGCAUCUCUGAAGAUAUGGAUGUGCGGUGGGUCGAUUGAAAUGAUACCUUGUUCACGUGUUGGUCACGUGUACAGAGAUACGUCGCCAUAUUCCUUCCUAGAUCAAAACCCGAUUGAUAUAGUAGAACAUAACUCGAUGAGGGUUGUCGAGGUAUGGACAGACGAUUACAAGAAACAUUUCUACGAUCGACACCCGAUGCUCAAGAAUCGUGAUUUCGGAGACGUCUCUGAGAGGAAAACGCUCAGAAAGUCUUUGAGUUGUAAAGACUUUGACUGGUACUUGAAAAACGUUUAUCCUGAACUCUACAUCCCUUCUCCUUCCUAUGUUCUUCGGAGCACCGUACAGUUUCAAAAUGUUGGAACGAAAUUGUGCAUAGAUUCCAACGACCAGAAUGGACAACCUUUCAAGAAUCUCAUCGGCUGGCAUUGUCAUAAACUCGGGGGUAACGAGUACUUCGAGGAAACCAAGACUGGUGAGAUUAGAAACGAUGAGUUGUGUUUAGAAGCUAACAGUGUCGGUACGCACGUCCUUCUCAACCCUUGUAGCCCAACGGGGGAUCCACCUGACUCACAAAAAUGGACUGUGAAGUCUAGUGGUCUUGUUUACAACGCCCUCAGCGACCGAUGUAUGUACAUGACUGGUACAGAGGCCGGAUCUCAAGUGCAAUUAAGGUUAUGUAACCCCAACGAACGGCGGCAAAUAUGGGAAAUAUCAUAACAAAAUAAUAUGUGUAGAUGUAUAUAAUUAUGGUGCAUAUUUGAAAGAUCUCUAUUUUUCUGUUAAAUUAUCUUUCUCUAAAAUAUGAUUAUUAUCUGAAAUUAACCAUAAAUUGAUAUCUUUACUUCAACUGUAACUGAAAUAACCCACCAAGCUGAAUUCCAGGACCAGAAUAUGUAUUUAUUUUUUUCUCCUUUAAACGGUGACCUAUGUCAUUACCUAUGGACUACAGUUCAUAUUAUUAAUAACUAUUGAUGGCAAAUGUCAGUUGACAUCUUAUUUUCUUAUUCGUUUGGGUAUGUGUGUGUUUCGUGGCAAAGUAUAUUUUCAAUAAUCAGUAAUGAUAAUAACUUCAACUUUCUGAAGGGAUGAUGAAAGUAAUCUAGGAAUUGGAAAUGUGAAAUCGGCUUUAAAAGUAUACUUAUUAGAUUUUAUAUAAUAUAAAUCUACAUGAUUUCAGAGAAAAUUGUAAUAAUAUGUGUUGUUUGACGACCCUGUAAAAAUAUCGUAAAAUACUGAUUAAGGAUGCGAGUCAGAUAAACCUGUAGGAAUUGUUGACAUUCUUCUUCGUGGAUAUUGUUAGAACAUUUUAGCAAUCACUUCGCCGAUCCUUUCUAUAACUCUGAUAAUCUUUUGUCAAAAGCCCUUCAUACCAAAGCAGCCUUUGUCGAAAAUCAGUGAAUUAAAACAGCAGUGUCGUCAAACCACUAAUUUGCAAUUGUUUGUCCGGUCCUUAUCUUCGGACGAUCUGUUGUCCCAGUCCACCAACUUUCGACAAAAACCUCCUCUCAGCUGUCCAUUGUGAUUUGAAUUGCAUUUUCGAAGGAUUUGGUGCGUUGUUGAAAGCGCCUUGCUAGUGAUUGCGAAAAUACGCUAUUGUCAAUGUGCAAUAAAUGUGAAUGAAAAUUUGCAUAAUCAUCCUUUGGAUUUACUGUGUCUUUGUUACUACGUGUAUUGAUUUUUUUUUAUAACUCAAACCCAUGAAUUAUUUUCACUACAAAGCAGUAUGGCGUGCGCAUAAGCGCACUCUAAAUAAACUCCUCAAAAAAAGUUUGGAAAUCUGACUUUGAUCGAUAAUCCCUCCUCGGUUAUAGUAAAUAUCAAUGUGUGAUUAAUAUCAAUGAAUAGAUCAUUUAAUUUUCUUUAAAAUGAUACCCUACAUGAUAUGAUUAUGGUUCACACGAAGGUGCAGUGCCUUGAAAUGUGGGGCAAGGUUUAAAUUCAAAAGUUAGAAAAUGAGACAAUAUUGAAAGUCACUGUUUAUUUUUCCGUGGUGAUGAGUGAGUUUCUCAGCGGUUUCUUUUGAUAUUGAUCGAUAAUCCCUCCUCGUUUUAGUAAAUAUCAAUGUGUAUUUAAUAUCAAUAAAAAGAUCAUUUAAUUAUCUUAAAAAUGAUACCCUACAUGAUAUGAUUAUGGUUCACAUGGAAGUGCAGUGCCUUGAAAUGUGGGGCAAGGUCAAAAUUCAAAUAGUUGCAAAAUGACACAAUAUUGAAAGUCACUAAGUAAGUUUCUCAGCGGUUUCUUUAAUUUGUUUUUAUGCACCUUAACAUCAACAUUAACAUUGAAUCAAACACACCUCUGCACAAGCAAACACACAACAAACAAACAAACAUGCAUGGGUAUUUCAAACCACGACUCAAACCAUAUUAUCUCCCAGAACCAUCACAACAUAAACCAC